AUGCCUGUUUCUAAACAGCAGCGCGCCCGCCGCCAGACGGCGCCAUCUGGCCCGCCGCGGAAGCAGACCACCGAAGAAACGCAACCGAGCCAGGAGACAACACAGGAAAAAUCGACAGACCUUUUGAGAUGGAAUAUGCCCAAAUUUGAAAAUGAACUGGACUUUUCUGAAUGGUACAAUGGGGUCAAAAACGACCUAAUUGAGACGAGCUACGACCAUUACCAGAACUAUCUGGACGAUCUACAACAAUCAAAAGAACACGUUGACGAAAUACUUCUCAGCACAUUGACGCUUCUCGACGACCUCUCUAGUCUAUCCGAAGAAUUCAGUUCCGUCGAGUCGCAAACAUCCAACUUCGAGAAACAAUGCGAGGGGCUGCUGUCUGCCCAGGAACGCGAUACAAAGCUUGCGAAUGGCAUUCAAACAAAUCUUCACUACUAUGACUUUUUGGACCCAGCCUCGCGGCGACUCAAUGCGCCGGGUGCUGGGAACACGGUUCGCGAUCAAGAGUUCUCGGACAUGUUGAGGCGUUUGGAUGUGUGCUUGGACUACAUGGAAACCCACCCUGAACAAAAGGAAGCAGAGGUUUACCGUUCCAGAUACCGACUUCUCCUGACGCGUGCUCUUACUCUCAUUCGUGGAAACUUCGUGGCCUCCCUUCGCGAUAUCUACCAAAACGUCUCGAAGAAGAUUUCAGAUCAGCAAUUGAAUGACACAGCUUUAUCUGCCCUCUUGUACGCCAAGUUCAGGGUUGGUGCGCCAGAGAUGAAGCAGAUCGGCGUGGAAAUUCAGAAAAGAGCCGUGCCUCCGCUGAACCCGGACCAAAACGACGAAGCCGAGUAUCAAAGUUUGAUGAAUGAGUUGCAUAGCAAUUACGCUGCCACUCGAACACGCCUCAUUGUGCCCUUGGCCCGUAAGAAACUCGUUGAGAUCUCGCAGACCCCGAGCUCGUCGAAGGAUCUAGUGUCAUUUGCUCGGGCCAGUAUCAGCUACAUCCGAGGACUGUGCUUAGACGAGCACGAUCUGUGGGGCGAAUGGUUCCAUGGUCAGGGAGGAUUGUAUGACUUUCUGGAGGCUAUCUGCGAGCCCCUUUAUGAUCACCUUCGUCCUCGUAUUAUCCACGAGACCGAUAUUGUGAAUCUUUGCCAAUUGUGCACAUUGCUCCAGACACGAUACUUCCUCGACCCGGAAGAUGAAGCAGAACCAGCAGACACAAACCAACUGGACUUUUCCGUUUUGAUCCAACCGGCCCUGCAAGAUGUUCAGACGCGACUGGUGUUCCGUGCGCAAGCAAUCCUACGUGACGGCAUCGAGCGAUACAAGCCCCGGCCUGAGGAUAUUGACUACCCCAUGCACAGCCGACAGGUAUCUCUGACCGUGACCGACACCCAGAUUUCCGGCAAGAAAGAUACUUCGGUCGAUACCAUGAUCGACAUAACGAAGCCCACCAAGACAGACGAGAAUACUGGCGAAACUGCGCAAGAGAGCGACGGAAAGUGGGAUUUCGAAACCCAAACUGCCCUCAAAGGAUGGUAUCCUACAUUGCGUAAGGCCAUUUGGCUGCUCAGUCGAAUCUAUCGUCUUGUCAACUCCACUGUCUUCGACGAUCUUGCCCACCAGAUCGUUCACCAAACUACCGAAUCUCUUCAUAGCGCCAGCCUCGCUAUCUCUAGCAAAUCCAGUCCAGCUGAUGGUCAACUCUUUUUGAUGAGCCAUCUUCUCAUCUUGAAGCAACAGAUUGUUGCUUUUGACAUCGAAUUUGUAGCCCCCGAUGUCUCCCUCGACUUCUCUGGCGUCACUAGCACUUUCUGGGAACUGCGUGAGCGCGGUGGUCUCUUCAAUCCUCGCAACUUGAUGCGUCUAGUUGGCCACGGUCUCAUUCCACGCGUUGUGGAGAACAUGCUUGACGCCAAGGUUGAGCUGGAUGGUCGUCUUCGCACCGUUAUCAACGACUUUAUCGAUGCCUUUGCUGCUCGCAUGACCACUUCCUUGCCCGCCAAGUUUGGAGAUACACGCAAUCUCCAGCCCGGCGAACUGAUUCAUUCUUCCUGUACCACGAUCGAGAAGGAGGUUCCCAACCUCCGGAAGAUCCUGAACGAGUACAUUGACGAUACGCGCAUGAAGGAGACCCUGGUCGGUGCGGUACAAGAUCGUACCAUUCAUAUCUACGAAGACUUUUUCGAGAAGUACACCUCUUCCGAGAAGGGCAAGGGCAAUGCUGUCAACAAAAAGGGUAAAGGACGGGAUGAUGCCGUCUGGGAUGUGGAGACAUUUGCCGAGUGGUGCGAGGGGGUCUUCCGAGUCGGCGUUGCAGGUCUGCAGACCGAGCAAGCCAAUCUGGACGACGAAGAUGACCUGCUGAGUACAAGCUCUUGA